AUGUUGUAUCCGCUAAUAAGAUUCGAAAAGUCCGGCUGGCGCAACUCCAGGCGCAGGCAGGAAGUAGUAGAGGAUCAGGUGAAGGUGCGAGCAGGGAGCAGAAACACUGACGCCCGCCAAGCCAUCCUGUCCCAAAUCCUCCUUCCAGAAGCCGCUGACCGCCUUGGCCGGAUCCGACUGGUGAAAGAGGAACGCGCUACAGAUAUAGAGAACAGGCUUAUAAUGCUGGCACGGACGGGCCAGCUGCGGUCCAAGGUUACGGAAGAGCAACUCAAGGAGUUGCUGAAUGCCGUUGCGGAGAAUAAAGAACAAGAGAAGAUCGUGAUUAGCAGGAGGAAAGGGGGGUGGGACGACGAUGAUGAUUUGUUGGAUUUGUGA